AUGGAAGGUCCAAAGAUAGCUGAUUAUGUGCAAAGGUUUCAUGAUUUGUCUACGGUGGUUCCUUGUUUGGUGGAGCCAGAGUUUAAGAGGAUCGAACGCUUCAUCUGGGGAUUGGUACCUCAGAUUCUAAGCAUGGUGACAACAUCUAAACCUCCAACGAUUACCGAUGCUAUUGACUUAAGUGUGGCGCUCACUAAAGAAGCAGUUAGAUUGGGAAAAUUUUCAAUCUCUGAGAAGAAAAAGGAGACUCAUGUGGAGUCAUCUGGUGAGAACAGGAGGAAGUUUACCAAUUUCAAGAAGGAUACUCAGGAGACGUGUUGGCAUGGUACUGGACGUGGAAAUGGAGGUCACGAUGGCAUCGAAAAUCGCGGAGGAAACAACGACAACGACAACAACAACUAUCAAGGCGGAAAUGGUGACGAUCAAGGACGUGGUCAAGGGUGUUUUAACUGCAGUGAUGUGGGGCAUUUCAGGAAGUAUUGCCCUAACAACAAACAGGCACGUGGAAGAGUGUUCAACAUCGGACCUAGGGAAGCACGCCAGGAUCCAAACGUGGUUAUUGCUUUGUAUCUCUAG